AUGCAGUUCUUCAAGGCUAUCAUAAGUGUUGCCUCGCUGGCUGCCGCCGCGCCCACCGCUGGCGAUGCGCUUGCUGUUGAGCCCAGACAAACCACUCCUACUACCCCUUGCGGCAAAAGAGCUGACGGCACCAACAUCGAGCCUUAUUGGACCACCUACAAGUAUGGCCCUGGUGGUUGGAGUUGCGCCCACCUCAACCGUUAUGGCGUCUGCGAUGAAUACGAAUGGACUACAACGCUUCCCUACUGGAGCCCGAUCGCUUUGGGUGCCACGCUAGGCGUGUCCAAAGUCAAGCUUCCGGGUUGCAAUCUCAACUGGUAG